CGGACUGUUUACCUUGUUGUUGUCUCGAUUUAGAUCUUGUUUCCUACUCUUUUUCUUCUCCGCCCUUCUCUGCUCUCAUCUCUGUUUCUGCCUCGCUCUUAUCAUCUCUGUUCUCCUCUCUUGUCCUCUCUCCCUCUCGAAGCCAGCCAGCCCUAUCCUCCGACAAUGCUUUUAUGUUGUUGGAAACAAACCCCCUCUUUUGGGAACAAGCUGUGCUUGCUUUGGGAUGUGUUUGUCUCGUUUGGUGCGGUUAUUUUACGCCAAGCCAUCCUCACCCUGACUGAAUAGAGAGCUUAUUAGAUAUUCAGCUGCAUUGACCCAUGUAGUUCUGUCUGGGUUGUUGUCAGGCUAUUAAAGCUACUGUUCACUGUUUUCCUUCACUCCCCUCGUUUGAUUUCUCCUGAGGUAUAUACCCUCCUGAAGUCUGUUGCAACAUUUGGCAAUCCUCUGAAAUGCACAUUGCGCCAUGUCUGCCACACAGCUGGAGGAGACAGAAAAUGUUUUUGACCUGAACGAGGCCAUCCCAGAGACAGAGCUGCUGGACAACAGCAUACAGAAGGGGCGUGCCCAGCUGUCCGUCAAAGCCAGGAGGCACCGCCCCUCUCGCUCUCGCUUCCGAGACAGCGUCAGUUCCACAGAGGGAGAUGACAGUCUGGAGAGGAAGUGUCUGGACAGCCCUUUGCACUCUGUCCGUUCCCCCCUCCACUCCACCCUGCGAGGAGGCUCCUCCCCUUCGCCUGAUUCGCUCCUCUCCUCGUCCUCCCCUUGUCCCACCUUACGGAGCCCCGUCUUCUCCUUCGACACCUCCUCCUUAAGGCGCUCCCCGGAGGAGGGCGGGACCGGGUCGCUAGCCACUCGGGGGCGGUACCGCCAGCUGACAAAUGCCACGUCUCAGGAGGCCCUGUUGACCACGCCCAACAGCUCUCCCUCCAAGUCGUGUCCCAGUUCGGACUGCUCGCCUGUUUACAUUCGACGGGCACGACGUCCAGACAGUGAGGUGUUAGUUUCAGAAAACAGUCGAGACACAAGCCCGGCCGACACCGGCAACAACAGCCUUAUCUUCGACAAGAAGACCAAGAGGAGGUUCUUGGACCUGGGGGUCACAUUGAGACGCUCCUAUGUGAGAGUCAGAAAAGACAAGUCAAACAGACUGUCAAUGGGAAGCCGGGAGUCAUCUGAGAGCCCGUCCAGGUCCUCUGGCUCGUUCGUGCCUUUCUCCUGGUUCACUGACAGCGCCAGGGGCUCUGUGUCCUCCGGGGCAACCCCGCCCUGCUCCCCCAAACUGGUCUCACAGGACUGCAGCCCCCGCAAGUCCAACUCUCAGGAGUCUGCCCUGAGUGAUGAGUUCUCUCCUCCCCCCCGUAGUCCCCCCCACGCCUCCAGUGGGACCACAGCCGACUCGUCCUCCCGCUCUUCACAACGCUACCAGACCCUCUCCCAGUCCUCAGACGAGCCUAUUGACGAGCCACUGUGCCUCGUGUCGUCGUGGAGCACCCAGCAGGUGUGCCAGUGGCUGAAGGGGUUGAACAUGGAGCAGUACAUCCCAGAGUUCACUGCCAGGGACAUCGACGGGGAGCAGCUCCUCCUGAUGGACGGCACCAAGCUCAAGGGUCUGGGAGUGAACAGUUCGACGGACCGCAGUGCACUGAAAAGGCGGAUCAGAGACAUUCACGCAGCAGCGGAAAAGGAGCGCAAGGCCCUGGACAAACUGGAUCGCCAGAAAGAGAAACAGCGCAAAAAGGAACAGGAACUACGCAAGCUAAACACAAGCUAGACAUAACCACCAGAUGGCGCUAAAUUACCACAGAAAUACUCCUGACUAGAAACUGGUGCUGGUGCACCAUCUCCAACUUUCACAUUAUCAUGAUAGCAUUGAUGCUAAGUGGAGUUUUGUGCAAAAUGUUGGAAUUUGCGCAUAGACCUUUGUACUGUACCUCUGGUUUGGAUGUGAGGCUUUGAACCCUGUGAUGGGCGGGACAGUGUGUUGUCAAUCACUGACACGUGAUCAAUAACAGAAUGAAAGCUCCAUUAACUUCUUGUCGAACGGCUUUAUUUUAGACCAAGGUCGGAACCCAAAGUGGGCAUGUGAGAGGUGGGUCGCGAGUUAUGAGAAUACAUCUACAAUCACACACUAUUUAUUCUUCAUUUGGGUAGUUGGGGGACAAUUUGGGUCACGGCAGGACUGUCAAAUUCUAAUUUGGGUCCAGAGGUGAAAAAGCCCAAGAACCCAUGUGUGAGACCAAUCAAUCAGUGGUUGACGCAACAUGAUAGGUCCCGCCCAUAUUGGGGUUCAGAUGUCUCAUUCUUCCUGGCUAUGAGAAAUGUGUUCUUCUUUGUCAAUCAGUGAGGUUAUCCACCCUUGCGGAAAACGACGAAUAUUUUGUUACUCGAAAUGAAUGUGUGUUAUAUCUGACUUCUACACGCAUUCAAUGCAUUGACAAAGUCAUACUUUUCCUAUAACUUUUGACUGUACUCUCAUACAGCACAUUACACACUAUAAAACCUAACCCAUGGUCUGAGUUAUUAUCGAAAUAAUAUAAUUACAGAAAUUUGCAUUUAUUUAUUUUACGAAGAAUAUAAUCACAGAAUUUAGCUUUUAAAAAAAAAAAAAUCUCAUAACCACAAGCAUGUAA